AUGGAUAAUGCAAACCUGUGGACCCGCCGGACAAACUCGUCCAAGUUGUCCCUGUCUACGUCCGGAGCGGACGCGAAAGACAGUGCCCGUGUCGAACUGCCCCGCCCAUCGAAGCGGUUCGGACCCGACAGCUCGCAUGGCCGCUCGAAUCCAUUUAACGCAAUAUCCCCAUUAUCCGGCGGCGUUUCCUCCCCAUCCACUAAUGCCUCCUCCGCCUUCGGCCUAGGGUCCGGCGCAUUCGCCUCUUUCGGUGCGCCGAAGACUCCCGGUGGCUCCGAGUUGAAAACACCCGGACGGGAGGUACCUUUGGAACACGAUGAGGCUACCCGCAAGGCCUUUGAGAACCAAUCCGUCGCUGCUCCUGGUGAGCACCCGUUGAAGUCUACGUGGAUCUCCACCGUGCCGCUCGCUUCGAUAUCUUCGGUCGAGAGCUUCUGGGCGGUGUACUCUCAUCUUAAACGUCCCUCUCUUCUUCCUACGGUUUCCGACUACCAUAUCUUCAAGAAGGGGAUUCGCCCCGUCUGGGAAGAUGAGGCGAACAAGCGGGGAGGUAAGUGGAUCGUACGUUUCAAGAAGGGGGUUUCCGAUCGAUACUGGGAGGAUCUCCUCUUGGCUAUGGUUGGGGAUCAGUUUGCGGAGGCCGGAGAUGAAGUCUGCGGCGCUGUGCUGAGCGUGCGGGGUGGUGAGGAUGUUCUGAGUGUUUGGACGAGGAUCGACGGGGGGGCGCAACAUCAAGAUCAGCGCCUGCUUUCUUUCCCGGCAGACACCAACAUCAUCUGGAAGAGCCACGACGACAGUAUUGCACAGCGUUCUGCUAUUGACCAGGCUCGCCACGACAAGACUGCUACUGGCACCGGUCAUCAAGAACGGCGGCGUACAGGCCAAGAUGACUCGGACAAGGCUAAACCGGCUGUGGCCCUAUGA